UUUGUGUCGAGGUGGAGAGGCGUGCCAACAAUCAACGAUUUCGGACGAAGAGCAGCGCGCGUCUCAGAGAACACAUGGCAGCGCACCGGAUCCGUUACGCAGCGUCCAGGAGUCGCUGCGAGAGAGAAGGGACUCCCUGAGGCGCCGCCGCCGCUUCUGGUGCCCCGUCCUGCCUCCUUUUCUAGCGGGACCCGGAAGGAUAAAUCUUGGGAAUUCGGCCGGUUACACGCUGCUUUUUUUUUUUUUUCCUGUUUUUUUUUCUUUCUUUUUUUCCCCCUCUGUCUCCUCUGUCGCCCGGGAUGCAGGGCCUGAGCUCCCGGGCUCACGCGUUCUCCGUGGAGGCGCUGGUGGGGAAACCCUCCAAGAGGAUGAAAGUGUCCGAGAGGCGCGAGUCAAGCGCGGCUGCAGACGCGGCCGGCGGCAUCCACAGCGGCCUGUCCGAACACACCGCCAGACAGAUGACCGUAGCAGGUUCAUGGAGGCCUGGAGACGCGCCGGGACAGAGCGGGCCGGAGGAGUCGGAGCCGGGGGCCGCGGAGAGCGACUCCCGGCCGGACAGAGAGGUCCGGGCGGAGCUGCAGGGCUCCGAGCUGUGGAAGAGAUUCUAUGAAAUCGGAACCGAGAUGAUCAUCACCAAAGCCGGCAGAAGAAUGUUUCCUUCUGUGCGCGUCAAAGUGCGCAACCUGGACCCCUGCCAGCAGUAUUACGUGGCAAUGGACGUCAUGCCCGUGGACUCCAAGCGCUACAGGUACGUGUACCACAGCUCGCAGUGGAUGGUGGCCGGGAACACGGACCACUCGUGCAUCUCUCCGCGCCUCUACGUUCACCCGGACUCGCCGUGCACGGGGGAGACGUGGAUGCGACAGGUGAUCAGCUUCGACCGGGUCAAGCUCACCAACAACGAGAUGGACGAUAAGGGACAUCAGAUCAUUCUUCAGUCGAUGCACAAGUACAAGCCCCGGGUGCACAUCAUCCGGCACGACCCUCGGAUGGACCUGUCCCAGAUCCAGUCCCUGCCAGCUGAAGGGGUGGACACCUUCUCCUUCCCGGAGACAGAGUUCACCACCGUCACGGCCUACCAGAACCAACAGAUCACCAAGCUGAAGAUCGACAGGAACCCGUUCGCCAAAGGCUUCAGAGACCCGGGACGGAACAGGGGGGUUUUGGACGGCCUGUUGGAGUCAUACCCCUGGAGAGCCCCUCUGAGCUUUGACUUUAAGCCUUUCUCCAUCCAGCUCCAAGGAAGCUCCCUGUCGCCGAGCAGCAGUGCGAAGAACUUCCUCCCUCUCUCGUCGCCUUCACCUCUUCUUCCGUUCUCCUGCCCGGACGCCGCUCUCCACGCUCUCACCCUGCCCCUCUUCGGGAAGGCGUCCACCGCCUCGCCCUCCAUUUCUCAGCUGCCCGGCAGAGUCUUCUCCUCCCUGGGAGCGGACGGACUGAAAGGCGUUCCUUCUCUGCCGCCUCUAGCGGACCUACCACUUCUGACGGCGCUGCAGGGGAAGAAACCCCUUCACUGCAGGGAUCCAUGUCUGCACAGGUCCCCCGGGAGCUCCCCGUGCCUCGUCCCCCUACACAGCUCCCUGAGCCCCCCGGGAUCGUCCCUCCUGCCUCAUCUCUCUGACAUUACGACCCCCUACUGUCUUUACAGCUACAGCUUUCCCCUGAGUCCCCAACUCACAGCUAUUUCUAGACACGGCAAACUGAGCGAAGACACCACGGACUGCCUGCUGCGGCACCCCGCCUGGCAGCAGACCUCCAACCACUGCCUCUGACAGCUGGACUCUUAGGACCAAGCAAAACCGAACGGGGAGAAAGUAACUGACUGGGAGGUGGACCUUUGUAUUUAAGAACGGUUCAAAACGACGUGUUGGAAGCUCAAGCACAAAAAAACGAUCCUGAAGCUGGUCAAUCCUGAGCCAAAACACCCAAAGUUGGAAUAAAUGUACAAACUUUUCUCUUCAAGGUGGCAGUAGAUUGUUGUUGUUUUUUUACAUAGUCUUUCUGUGAGGUUAUAGUUAUUUAAGCCAACUUCUUCACACAAUGCUACCAAAGUGCAUCGAUAAGAGGAGCCUGGGUUAUGUCAAAUAAUUAAAGUUUACUUUGGUCAAAAAGGUUCAAAAUGUUUUUUAGCAUACCAACGCAGAAACAUACAGGGGAAUUAUAGGUAUGUUUGCAAAUAUGUAUAUAUUGUCAAAUUCCUAAAAUAAUUGCUUGUAUAAUUUUUUUGACAAAAGAAUCACUUUUGGCAAAAAAUUGACUUGGGCCAUUACUCUACGAAGGUGACGAUAUGUAUUUAUGUACGUACCUUACACAGACACAUGCCGACGCAGACAUAAAAAUGUACAUAUCAGCAAAGUGUUUUCCGGUUUUGCAUGACAAAUGGCCCUGCAUUCAUCACGUGGAGUUCUCUGACAGCGAACAAAAGUGUGUUUUCUGUUUGCUCUGAGGAUUCGGUGUCGGGCUCCGACCGAUACCAUGAGCUCAUCAAGUCUCUCUGUGGUUUUCGGCUCGGUGCAACAGCUCCCAGAGUUCAGGCAGCCGUACAACCAUUACGACUAAUCAGAGCCUCCUGGAGGUGAAGUGAUUGUGCUGCAGAGCUCUUUAUUGGGCCCAGAUGCACCAGAAAACAGACCUUUGUUCACCAACACAGUCCAAAGAGUCAUUGUUGGAGAGGUGCAGACUUUCUCUUGUGGCUUUUCAGCUAAGAAAGUUUAUGAAAAUCAAAUGAAAUAGACCCAAUGUGAGACUGCGUGUACCAAAUGGGACACGCCUGUUUAGCCGCUGAUGUGAUAAUUCCUGCCUUCAGCUUCGACUUCGAGGCCCGGUACCCAACCCUCCCUCUCUUCUUCUGGUGGUUUAGGCAAAGCGGGGGGAUGGUGGCUGGAAAUGGACUGUUUCCCGACAAACGGUCAUAACCAAACAGCAAUUUACUUGUCAUAGCCGAGCGUGUCAGCGAGCUAACGUGGGCCGGACGGGGCGGAGAGGGGAAAAUAGCAGGAAGGAGUCAAUUGAGGAACUCGGGCUAAAGGGGGAUGGCCCCUCGGUUUCAGCCAGCGGUCAGGUGCAGCAGCACUAUCAGACAGCUCGCCCUUUGUGCACAGGCAGACACAAUCAGCACCGGGUCACUCGAUACUGUCUGUCAUUUCCAUGUUUGCCUACCUUGUAGGACAAUCAUUCUAAACUCCCAACUAAUUCCUGAUCUUUCAAUUAUACUAAUUGCUUUCAUCCGAGGAGACCUGAACUCUGCACCUGUCUCCGUCCAGCGUGGUUUAAGCUGACGCCCAAACUUGCUGAAAACGAAAAAGAUGUAAUCGUCUGCAGAGAGAACGGGGUGUUAGUUUGAGUUGCAAGGAGUUAUGGGAGGUACAAUCAUUUUUGCGAGAAUCCCAGCGCCUCUAAGAUACAUUUACCAUCCUACGCAAUAUAACAUGACAUUCUGUCUGGCUGCAGAGCCUCUGAUUUCAUUCUUGACAUGCAAAGUACAACAAAAGUCUGCCUGGAAGUGGCUGCGGAGUGAAGCUUUUAUCAGCCUGCCGAUGGUGAAUGUCCUCCUCUGUUCCUCCGGCGCCGUAAAGCGUGUCAACAUGAUCCUCUUGUAGGUGGCGGCUGAAAUAACACGGAACCCGUUCCGAUUCCAGCUUGGAAUAACACGAGGAGGGGACGGACGUCUGUGGGCCCUCCGGCGGUGAUUGACGGGCAGUAAAAAAAAGAAAGAAAAAAAGAAAAAGGGAGGGAAAUUUGACCCCGGGAGUCAUUUGCUUCCAAUCAUGUGAAAUGGCAUCUCGAAACAGGAGAGAGGCUCUGCGGCGAGUUUAGAAGUGUAAACAUACUUCUCAUUCAUUAGAUUAGCAUGCGUGACACACACAGCGGCGCAGCACAAACACGCCGCGCGUCGGUCGUCUCCUGCAGGACUCCACCUCGCUGCGCCCGCCGCGCUCGGCGCCCUGCGGCUCGGCCCUCUGCGCAGGCUGGACGCUGUUUUCUCUGCAAACUCAAUAAAAUCUGGCUGUUUAUCAAGUCAAAUUAUGAGACAUGACUGAGCACAGCUGUAAAACAAAAAAAUAAUAAUUUGGAAGUGAAACCAGCUGUGUCUGAAAUUGAAUUUCACUCAGAGUGCAAUGUGAAAAGCAAGAGCAGUUUAACAGUUACUGAGCGUUCUCUAAAAAUUCAAAGAGCUGAUUUCACACUUGAUCAUAAGUUCUGUUAAAAAGGAUAUGAAGCUGUAAAAUGGAAGAUAUUUGGGUUUUACUGUCUGAAUGCUCAAAGAACUUUGCAAAAAGCCUCACAAAAGUAUAAUAAACUAUGAAUUUUAUCACCUUUUGUGAGAACCACAAACUUCCAUGUGCUUUAUUAGGAUUUUUUUUUGCAAUAGACAAUUGUUACUUUUGCAAGGUAAGCUCCUCCCCCGGUCUCAAAUGUCACUUAUUUUUCCAAAAUAAACUCUAAUUAGCUUCCAUGUCUUUGCUGACAAAAAUCAUCCACAGCAUGAUGAAGCCACCGCCGUGUUUUACAGUGUUAAAACAUGUUCAGGGUUAGUUUUCCUCCAGAACAUUAUCUAUGUUGGUCAUCAGUUUUAGUCUAAUGUUCAAGAGCAAAUGGCUCUUUGGACAUUCUACCAUGGCUCUUAAUAAUUUGACUAAAACGGUGCAGAAACAACAAUUUCUUUUAAAAUAUAAGUAUGUAAUUCAGAUUUUAUUUGUUUUUUUUUUUUUGUAUGAGAUCAAAUCUGCAUUCAA